GCAAGGAGUGAGGGAGCAGGAGGGGAGGAGAGGAGGAGCUCAGUCCUUUGUCCAGUGGCAGCAGCACACUGCACUUCACUGCGCGCCAUGCCGCCUCAACGCUACACCGCCAGCAGCUCUGCCACAGUUCAGAGUGAGUCUCCUGCUGCAGCAGCGGCUCGAUACUACGGAGAACCACACAAGUUUGAUCCGUCGUUUAGAGGUCCAGUCCCCAGAAGAAGCUGCACUGACGUCUUGUGCUGUUUGAUCUUUAUCAUUGUCAUCCUCUCAUAUGUGGCUUUGGGAAUAGUGGCCUGGUUACAUGGAGACCACAGGAAGAUUCUCCAUCCAACAGACAGUUACGGUCACUUCUGUGGACAGAAGGAAACGUCCAACGCGGAGAAACCCAUUCUGUUCUACUUCAACAUCCUCAAAUGUGCCAGCCCGGCUGUUCUCAUCAACCUGCAGUGCUCCACGACUCAGAUGUGUGUGUCACAGUGUCCAGACAAGUUUGCCACCUACACUGACAUGCAGCUACAACACAGCAUCAACAAGAGUCACUGGGAAUAUUAUAAACAGUUCUGUAAGACUGGAUUCAAUAAUCCUGACAAGCCAAUGUCUGAGGUUCUAAGGGAUGAGGACUGUCCCUCUAUGAUCAUACCCAGUAAACCAUUUCUGCAGAGGUGUCUUCCAGACUUCAACACUCUGAAUGGAACAGUGACUGUAGCAAACAGAACCAGGUUUAUUGAUGCUCUGGAAAUUCCUCACAGUGUCACUGAACUCCAACAAGCUGCCAGGGGAAUAACAGGAUUGGUGGACACAAAGGAAAUGAGCAUGAAGAUUAUGGAAGAUUAUGCCAAGUCAUGGGUCUGGAUACUCAUAGGUCUGCUUCUUUCCCUGGCUGUUAAUCUGGUUUUCAUUCUGCUGCUGAGGUUCACAGCAGGUCUUCUGUUGUGGUCCAUCAUCAUCACUGUAAUACUGCUUCUGGCAUACGGUAUGUGGUACUGUUACACGGAAUAUUCCCAGCUCAAAGACAGACCAGGUUCUGAUGUGGCCCUCACAGAUGUCGGCCUGCAGACUGACUUGCAUGUCUAUCUACAUCUAAGACAGACAUGGGUCAUAUUAAUGGCAUCUCUGGGAGUGACAGAAACGAUCAUCUUGGUGAUGUUUAUCUUUCUGAGGAGAAGAGUCCGAGUGGCCAUCGCUCUGCUCAGAGAGGCUAGCAAAGCCAUUGGUCACAUCAUGUCCACACUGUUCUUUCCAGUCCUUAUCUUUCUAUUGCUGACAGUCUGCAUCUCAUACUGGGCAGUUACUGCCAUUCACCUGGCCUCUUCAGGUGAAGCCAUCUACAAAGUGAUGUCUCCUGAUGUAACAUGUCCCUAUGCCAACAAUACAUGCAGGCCUGAGACCUUUAACAGAACCAACAUCUCCACAUCAGCCUUGUGUAUCGGCUCUCAGUGUCUGUUUGCCUUCUACGGUGGGGAGACGUCCUAUCACCACCACCUCUUCCUGCUGCAGCUCUUCAACCUGCUGGUCUUCCUCUGGCUGCUCAACUUCAGCCUGGCCCUAGGGCAAUGUUCGCUGGCUGGGGCAUUUGCCAGCUACUACUGGGCCCAGAGGAAGCCUCAGGAUAUCCCACCAUGUCCACUCUUCUCAUCAUUCAGCAGGACUAUCAGGUAUCACACAGGCUCUUUAGCAUUUGGAGCUUUAAUUCUUUCAAUAGUCCAACUGCUGCGGAUCAUACUGGAAUAUCUGGAGCAAAAACUAAAAGGUGCUAACAACAGCCUAUCCAGGUUCAUGAUGUGCUGUCUGAAAUGCUGCUUCUGGUGUCUGGAGAAAUUCAUACGUUACCUGAACCAUAAUGCUUAUAUCAUGGUGGCGAUCUAUGGUAAAAACUUCUGCACCUCAGCCAGAGAAGCAUUCUUCCUGCUAAUGAGAAAUGUGGUUAGGGUUGCAGUUCUGGACCGAGUGACAGACCUUCUGUUGUUUCUGGGCAAAGUGGUGAUAGCAGGAGGAGUUGGUGUGUGCGCCUUCUUUUUCUUCACUCGGAAGAUCUCUUUUGCCCAAGAAGAAGUACCCAAUCUCAACUAUUACUGGGUGCCCCUGCUGACUGUGGUGAUAGGUGCUUACCUGAUAGCUCAUGGUUUCUUCACUGUCUAUGCCAUGUGUGUUGACACACUCUUCCUGUGCUUCUGUGAUGACUUAGAGAGAAAUGAUGGCAGUUUAGAAAAACCUUUCCAUAUGUCUCCAGAGCUGCACAGAAUCCUGGAAAAAACCCGCCAGCAGCGGUGACAUUCUGUACUCUAUGUUCUCCACAUAGCUCCAUCAGCAGCC